AUGGAUCAUCAUUCCUGCCCAGCCAUGCUUGCUUUUUUUUUUUAUAUUCAUAUACAUUUAUCUGAUUAUGCAGAAACCGCAAAGAAGAAAAUUUUCUCUCAUCUAGCAUUUAUUCUUUUCCCAGUUACUGGUUGUCAUCAUCUCUGGUUGCUGUACUGUUUAUUAUCUGCAAGUUCUUUGCCAGGAAAUUCAGCCCAAUCUUCAAUACUGACUGGACUAAAAUGCUUUUGUGAGCAAGUUGUCUGUCAUUCGGCAUCCUCCAAAUCAACAUUCACUUCUGUCGACUCACCACUUGAAGACGACCGAUCUCAAUGCUCAUGUGCUCCUGUCACCAAAGAUGACAUAACAAAUGAACCUGCUGGGCGAACAGAGGCUGCCCUACCCAUCAGACUGCUUUUGGUAUCAAGUAAAAUCAGGAACGCUUCUGCUAUCCAGCAGGCUUUGAACAGUGAUGUCAUUAUGCUUCCAUAUAAAUAUGACAGCUCAACAUUAGAAAACAUUCUGGAGUUGGUUGACAAAUGUUUGAACGGUUGUCAAGUGACAAGUGUGGCAUUUAUUCUCAGUUCCCUUAACAAUUCUCUCCAAUUGUCUGGGAAAGAUGAAAAGGUUUUGUCUCGAGAAACGUUGGCAGGGCAGACAGGAGUUCAACAGUUCUUCCAGAAUUUGGUAAAUAGGUACUUAAAACCAAUGUCUUCUAGUGCUGGCAUAAAGACAGGUUUACACUUCCUGGCAUGUGCUAUCACAACACACACUGCAAUGGAAUUGUUAGCACAUGCGUUGACAGACAUCAUCAAGGUUCCAGUUGGAGUGUAUAAACAUUUAUCAGGAGCUGAAAUCUCUGCAGAAAAAAUCAGUGGGGAGGAAAAGAAAUAUGCCAAAUGCAUUGGCAGUUUGUACUUUCGGUUGGAAAAACUACGAUUUUGGAGUGGUCAGCGUCCACAAUCGCUGGCUGGAUUUGAGAAAAUACGAACCGUAGGCAAAGGAGCUUAUGGAGCAGCCGUUUUGUACAGGAAGAAAGACGAUGAUUCUCUGGUGAUUUUGAAAGAAAUCAAUAUGCAUGAUUUAACAGCAGCUGAAAGACAAAUGGCACUCAAUGAGGUGAAAUUACUGGCAAUGUUGGAUCACCCAAAUAUUAUCAGCUAUUAUGACAGUUUUGAAGAAGAUGGCAUCCUGAUGAUUGAGAUGGAAUAUGCUGAUGGUGGGACUUUGGCCCAAUUCCUUGCCAAUCGUGAUAAGGCUCUUGAAGAACGUGACAUCUUGCUGAUCUUCCAACACAUUGUCUCUGCCAUCAGGUACACUCAUAAAGUCAAGAUUCUACACAGAGAUUUGAAAACCGCAAACAUCUUCCUGACAAAAGAAGGAGUUGCCAAAGUUGGUGAUUUUGGGAUUGCCAAGCUCCUGAGUACAUCACACAAGGGUGCAAGUACCGUGUUGGGUACUCCUUAUUAUAUUAGUCCAGAAAUGUGUGAGAGUAAACCUUAUGAUGAGAAGUCAGAUAUCUGGGCCUUGGGAUGUAUUCUGUACGAAAUGGCAUGUCGCCAAAAGACGUUUGAGGGUUCCAACUUGCCAGCACUUGUCAACAAAAUCAUGAAGGGUCAAUUUGCUCCCGUCAAGGGUGACUACAGUCAAGAACUAAAAGAUCUUAUUACUUCCAUGUUACGACAGAACCCAGAUGAACGGCCAUCUGCACAUCAUCUACUUGAAAAUGUGUUGCCACAACUCCUAAGUCAUUAUGAGUCUACAACUACUGAUCUUGAGGAUGACAUCUGCAGUUCUCUAGAGAAUGUGAGCAAAAAAAGGAUGAGGUCAGUUCUUUACUAUUUAGAAAUUUCAUCAGAACUUUUUACACCAGUCUUUCUUCCAUCACGAAUCCGCAUCAGACAGGUUGCAGUUGGUCGAGACCAUGUGAUAGUGAUUAGCAUGGAAAAGCUGGUAUACAGUUGGGGUGAAGGUGUCAAGGGUCAACUGGGCCAUGGCAACACUGUAUCUUGUAAAGAGCCCGAAUUAAUUGAAUCUCUGAAAGGCAAAGCCAUCUCAAGAGCUUGUUGUGGUGAUGGCUUCAGCGCUUUCCUCAGUGAGAAUGGUAUUGUGAUGACAUGUGGUGAUGGUUCCAAAGGCUGCCUGGGUCACGGAGACUGGAAUUCUAAUCUCAGACCUCGACUCAUUGAGUCAUUACUCAGGGUUGAUAUUUUGACCUUGGCUUGUGGUCCCCAUCAUGUAGUUACUGGAGGCAGUGCAGGAGUUCUGUUUUCUUGGGGUUGUGGUGCCAAUGGCAGACUAGGAUUAGGAACAGAAGAAAGUCAUUGUAAACCAAUGCAGAUCCAAAUUGUAGAACCAGUAGUUAUUGUGGAUAUUCACUGUGGCAAUGAUGGCACCAUGUUCCUCACGGAGACUGGAGCUGUUUUGGCAUGUGGCUCAAAUCGUAACAACAAACUGGGAUUGAACAACAGGCAGGGCUUUCUUAUGGCCAUGAAAAAUAUUUUCAACAAGACAGAAGUGGAAGGACAAAAUGUUCCAACUCCUGUCAAAUCAUUAGCACGGUUUAAAGUACUUGACAUCUCGAUGGGUUCUCAUCACACUGCCGUGAUUGUAGAACCUGGUUGUUAUGUCUACAUGUUUGGCCAGAACAGUGAGGGUCAGCUGGGAAUUGGCAACACCAAAUCCACAACUGGGCCUGUCAAGAUGCAGGCAUUGAGUAAUGAAAAAGUAUUACGGGUACAGUGUGGAGAUCAUUUUACAGUUGCUUGCACUACUGACAACCACUUAUACUACUGGGGUUUGAGGUUCAAGCCUCCAGCUCAUCAAAGAUUUGCAUCUGGUGCUUCUGACUAUAGUAAAGACAUGACUCUAGCCAUUUCCAGCCGCAGCUCCUUAAGUAAAGAAAGAUGUUCAAGUGACAGCUGUUUGGCCAGUUCAAGUCCAAAGGAGUUCACUUUUGAUGCUUAUGACUAUGCUGAAUGUCAAGAUUGCAAUGAAGAAUGCAUUCCCAUCCAUUUGGAAGCAGCAGAACGUUCUAUGGACAGUUCCAAUGGUAUUCAGGAACAUUCUGAUGGUGUGUCCCAUGCAAACACAGUUGAAUGGGCGAAAGGAUUUCAACCCAUUAGUUUCAGUCAGAAUCGCUCAACCAGUGCAACAAGUUCUGAAGCAGAGAAGAUGAAAGACAUUGAAGAAGAAAGCAAGAUUAUUUUCCCUCCAGCUCCACUCAUCAAUUCGGAGCAAGCCAGUUUGCUUUUGCAGUCUUUGGAGAAACCAUUAGUUCUUAGCAAUUUCUUUUGCCAUGGAGAGAAUCUCUUCAUCCAAGCAGAGACAAUGGCGCCACCAUCCAAAAGAAGAGUUCGAAGAAAAAGAAGUUUUAGGAAGAAAGAGUCUGUGAAUAGUAUCUGCAUGCAUUAUAGACAUUCUGCUUCAAGUCGUGAAGGAGGAGAUGAAUACUCAUCUGAGACAUCAGAAAUGGACAGCCAAGGAACUUUACCUACAUGGAUCAAACAUGAACUGGCUGACUCAUUAAAAGCACCUGAAGUGAUUCUUACAAGUGAGGAGGAGGAGAAGCUACUCAGAAAAGGAGGAGGAGGAGGAAGAGUUGUACCUACUUUGAAUAUUCCUUUUUCUCAAGAUCUCAAUUCAGCAACAGAAGAAGAGAGCCAGUUGAAUACUGAAGGAAAUAUUGACAGUUCCAGAUGGUCAACAUCAAUGACGGCUGAGGAGACACCAAAGAAUCCAGAAAAGUCAAUUGAUGAGGUCGAAGGUGCUUUAAAGGUGAACAAAAUGGAUAAACACUUAACCUCCUCUACAGGUUCAGAUACGAACACAGACAAGUCAACAUUCAGCAGCAGCAGCAAUGCCAGUGAGAAGAAUCACUUCAGAAAAUCAAGUUUAACAUCAAAUAAUUCCAAAUUGAAUAAAUCAAGAGAAGUUCAGCUUCCAGCCAAGGCAAAGUCACCAUUCUCUUUAAAACCAGGACCUCAAAGAAACUCCUCAAAAACACCAACAAAAAGAACUCUUUUAGGACGCUAUGUUGUAAAUCGUGGCAUCACUUCCCUGGGGAACCAAAAAAAGCGAGAAGAUGUUCUUAUGAAAGAACUUGAAAAUAUGAAAAGUGAAAAAAGGAAAGUUGAAAUUCAACUGGAAGGCAUCAAAACCCAAUUAGAAAAUUUAAAAGAAAAUCAACAAGAGGUUCUCAGAAUGAAAGAAGAAAAUGACAAACCCCUUGAAGAUGAAAUUGACCGAUUGAGACAGAAACUUCAAAACCGUGACCAAGAAAUCCAAGAGUUUAGCAAAAUUGUACAAAGUCUAAAGCAAAAAGUUGAAUAUCUACAGAUGGAAUCUGUGAGUGUCAGAAAUACAGAUUUGUCUGAAGACAGCAGUUCAUGUGCUUCCCCAAGAGAGGAAGAUUUGCAAAGAUCCAAGAAAGCCAGUAAAAUAUGUAGCUUACAAUAA